AGAUAACAGACGCUGUGAGAGACGGACAGAGCGACAUCUGGAUAUUUAAAUCUCACACAAACCAAAGAAGACAGACAUCGCGCUCAGGAUCAAAACUCUUCCAUCAUGAGUAACAAUCAGACUGGUCCAGCUGUGGGAGACUCGAACCUUGAGGACGACAGCGUCGUGAGCAAUGACUUCUCCACGUCCUUCGGUGCCAUCAUCCUCGGCCUGGUCUGCCUCCUGGGCGUCCCCGGCAACUUCUUCAUCGUCUGGAGCAUCCUGGCGCGCAUCCGACAACGCUCAGUCACCACCAUCCUCAUCCUCAACCUGGCGUGUGCCGACGGCUUCCUCAUGAUCCUCACCAUCUUCUUCAUCGUCUACCUGGCCAAGCAGACGUGGGUCUUCGGUAACGCGUUGUGCAAAGGCCUGUUCUACCUGUGCAACUCCAACAUGUACGCGUCCAUCUUCCUGAUCACGCUGAUGAGCGUGCACAGGAUGGUGGCGGUGGUGUUUCCGAUGAAACUGCCCUCCGUGGCCAGCAAGAAGAUUGUGAGGAGGGUGAUCGUGACCAUGUGGGUGAUGGUGCUGCUCAUUGCCCUUCCCUCGCUGGUGUUUCGGGACGUAAGAGAAGACAAUAACGAGAGGAACACAACGAGAAGGGUUUGUGCGCCCAAUCACACCCUUCCUCGACAUGUGCGUUUUCAGUACGCCUUUGAGACGGUGACAGGAUUCAUUCUUCCUUACGCCAUCAUCAUAACCUGCUAUGUUCUCAUCCUGCGGCGCCUGAGGCAGACCAAGUUCCAGAGGAAGAUCCGCAGCGAGAAACUCAUCCUGGCCAUCGUGGUGAUGUUCGGCGCUUUCUGGCUGCCGUACCACGUCAUCAACAUGCUGCAGGUGGCAGCUCAGUGGUACCCAGAGGAUUCACCCACAAGAGAGAUAUUGGACCACAUCACUCAGUCGAGUCGAGCCGUCACUUCAGCGUUGGCCUUCAUCAGCAGCUGUGCCAACCCCGUCCUCUACACCUUCGCUGGGAAGUCCUACAUCAAGAAGAACGGCUUCACCUUCAUGGCGAAGCUGUUCGAGGGAGUGACGUCGGACCAAUCGGGGAAGAAAAAUGAGGUCGAGACUCAAAACUGUGUUUAUACACUAGAUUCCAAAUGAACAGGUAUCGUUGUUUUGUAGAUAGAAUGUGUUGAAUCUUAAGAAUCGUGUUUAAUUUGUAUUGUUUAUUUUUACAUUUUGUGGCAGUUAGAGUAUAAUUUUCUAUAAUGUUAUAAAUAUAUAUAUAUGAUAGCUAGAACGUACAAUUUGCUGAUGCACUUGAGGGAGAAAAUGCAAUGUGACAACAAAUUCUUAACUUCACUAAGACCUUUUCUUCAGGACCCUCUGUUAAUCUUAAAUAUUUCAUGAAUGGUUUAGAAAACUGUUUUGUGCAGCAAUAAUAUUUCCAGACAUUUUAUUUUACUGGGUUUUACUAUAUCAUAAUUUGUUUAUGCUGCAGCCUCCACCGCUGCUUUAGUUAUGAACAAAUGAAUGAAAACUUUAUUUGCUGGCUCAGUGCUGCAUGUUUGUUUUAGACCAGAGAUCAUUGAACCACUUGUGAGUUGAGUUCAUCACAGCUCACUAAAGAAAUCAGUAUUAAUUAGAUCUGGUAAGAUUCAAAAUAAUGGGAAACUUCACAGGGGCAAGCAUUUAGUUUUUAAAUCUCGCAUUUUAUUUACCAUGACUUUCAUCUUUUUAACGGCACGCUUUGGUUUCACGUUACUUUUCGUAACGUAAUCUUGCACUUCUUUUGUUCAUCUUUAAAAAGCACUGAAGCAUGACUUGUUCAUACCCCAAUUACCAGGAUACAUCAUGUGAAUAAACAUUUCUUUUUUACUGGUUUGAGAUCAUUUCUUAUAUCGUUGUAUACACGUCUGUCACCAGAUGUCCAGCUCUGGAUGUCACAAA